ACUAUUACAUCCGCUUUGUCACGUUUGUGGAAGUGACUGCUUUUAUCGUCUUUUCGCAGAGAUUAGAAAAGAGGAUCUAUGGCACAAAAACAUGUUUAAACAUGUUUACAACGAGUUAUUUCCUUUCAAACCCACCCGCAGUCACAAUCGAAAGACGGUGUUUCGACACCAGACAAAAGCAAUAGAACGAAAGCGAUGAAGCAAUGAGAACAGUUUGCUGUCGCUACUUCAUUUCGACUGACCCUCGAGAAACGUUAUUAAAAUGCAAUGCAACUGUAGAGUACCUUUUUGAAAAAAACACGAGUGCUCUAUGACAACUCUGCCAGUGUGACUCUGCGAUUGACUAAUCGAGCCUGAAGCGACUCACGAGCGACAAACACAAGGCGAAACGAGCUCAGCGAUCGGCGUUCAGGGGUAAGAAGUCAAGUCAACACCACCUUGAGGCCACGCACCAUGGGUUUGACCAAGCAGUACCUGCGCUACGUCUCCGGCGCCGUCUUUGGAGUGAUUGGCAGCCAGAAAGCAAACAUCGCCUACGUGACGCUCCGGGGUGGAGAGAGAGGACGCUAUGUCGCCGUGGCAGCGUGCGAACACGUCUUCAUCUGGGACACCCGCAAAGCGGAAAAGGUCUUAAUCCUUCAGGGUCAGAAACACAAUGUGACUUUUCUGUGCCCCUCCCCUGAUGGUGUCCACAUUGCUGUGGGGUACGAGGACGGCGCCGUGAGGAUCUUCAGUCUGCUCAAUGGCGAGAGCAACGUCUCCUUCAAUGGCCACAAGUCUGCCGUUACAGUCAUACGCUACGACGCGCUGGGGGCGCGGCUCGUCACUGGCUCCAACGACACAGACGUGAUCGUGUGGGACGUUGUCAACGAGUGCGGGCUGUACCGACUGCAAGGCCACAAAGACGUCAUCACUCAGGCGCUCUUCCUUCAGGACAAGAACCUCUUGGUUACCAGCUCCAAGGACAGUUUUGUCAAGUGGUGGGACCUGGACACGCAGCACUGCUUCAAGACCAUGAUGGGCCACCGCAGUGAGGUGUGGGCCAUGGCGUUCCUUAACGGCGACAAGCGUCUGUUAACGGGCUCCGCCGACAGCGAGCUGAGAGCGUGGGACAUCAGCUACCUGCAGGAGGAACAAGCUGAGGGCGAGCCCAAAGAGAAGAAGGGGAAAACUCUUCUGGAGGAGGACAGCGACGGGAAUGACGACCAUAUGGACGAGAGUCCAGAAGACCGGAUUUUGACUUGUAAGAAAGCCGGCUCCAUCCUCCGCGAGGCCAGAGACAGGGUGGUGUCUCUGACCUUUGACAGCAAGGCCAGAGUCAUCGCUUGUCAUGGCAACGACUCCGUCCUGGAGCUGUUCACUGUGCUGUCAGAGCAGGAAGUGGAGAAGAUGAUGGCCAAGAAGCUGAGGAAAGCUAAAAAGAAGGCAGCCAAAACAGCGAAUGCUGACGGCGAGGAGCCAGUUGUGGAGAAGAAGCUGAAGGACGAGAUCGUCCGACUGUGCAACGUGAAGGCGUCCGCCAAGAUCAGCUCGGUGGACUGCCUGCUGUGCGGCGGUGGCGGCGAGCUGAAGGUGGCGCUGCUGCUGCAGAACAACACCAUCGAGACCUACAGGCUGAAGACGUCGGAUAAGACGCCGGCGGCCGACAAGGUGGCGCGCCUGACUCUGAGCGGCCAUCGCACCGACGUCCGAACGCUGGCCUUCAGCUCGGACAACCUGGCCAUCCUGUCGGCGUCGGGCGACACGGUCAAAGUGUGGAACAGGUCCACCCUGCAGGUCAUCCGUACCAUGGCCUGCGAGUACGCCCUCUGCUCCCUCUUUGUGCCCGGAGACAGACAGAUCAUCCUGGGCACCAAGAGUGGGAAGCUGCAGAUCUUCGAGUUGGCCUCGGGUCGCCUCCUGGAGACGGUGGAUGCCCACGACGGAGCCCUGUGGUCUCUGUGCCUGGCCCCAGACCAGAGGGGCAUCAUGACCGGAGGUGCAGACAAGAUGGUCAAGUUUUGGGACUUUGCGCUGAUAAAGGAUAAGGAGAUCAGGCAGACGAGGCUGACGUUGAACCACGCUCGCACGUUGCAGCUGGAGGAGGACGUCCUGUGUGUGAAGUUCUCUCCCGACCACAGGCUCCUCGCCGUGUCCUUGCUGGACUGCACCGUCAAAGUCUUCUACACGGACACGCUGAAGUUCUUCCUGUCGCUGUACGGACACAAGCUGCCCGUGCUUUGUCUGGACAUCUCACACGACAGUACGCUGAUCGCCACCGGCUCGGCGGACCGCAACGUGAAGAUCUGGGGUUUGGACUUUGGCGACUGUCACCGCUCCAUGUUUGCUCACGAUGACAGCGUCAUGUUCCUCCAGUUCGUCCCCAAGACGCAUCUGUUCUUCACGGCGGGCAAGGACAAGAAGAUCAAACAGUGGGACGCCGACAAGUUUGAGCACAUCCAGACCCUGGAGGGCCACCAUCGUGAGGUGUGGUGUCUGAGCAUCAGCCCCAACGGCGACCAUCUUGUCUCAUCGUCACAUGACAAGUCCCUGCGCCUGUGGGAGAGGACCAGGGAGCCCAUCAUCCUCGAGGAGGAGAGGGAGAUGGUUCGAGAAGCCGAGUUUGAGGAGAGCCUGGCCAAAGGAGAUGCUCCGGUGGUGCCCGGAGAGACCCAAGGCGAGGCCGCGCCGGCCGCCAAGAAGACCGUGGAGACCGUGAAAGCUGCGGAACGCAUCAUGGAGGCUCUGGAGCUCCUCAGGGAAGAGACCAGGAAGAUGGAGGAGCAUAAAUAUGCUUGUGAGAGCGCCGGAAAAGAGCUGGCGCCCCCCAAGCCCAACCCCAUCCUGGCAGCGUCUGGCAACGUGUCCCCGUCCCGCUACGUUCUGGACGUCAUCAAGAAGGUCCGCUCAAGCGAACUGGAGGUGUCCCUCAUGGUCUUGCCCUUCCCGUACGUCCCCGAGCUGCUGGACCUCUUCAACGACUUCAUCCAGCAGGGCCUGGACGUGGAGCUGGUGUGUCGGUGCCUCUUCUUCCUGCUCAAGAUUCAUUUUGGUAAGAUCUCCAGCAGCCAGAAGCUUCUCGGCAUCAUGGAUGCUCUUCGCACCAACACGCUCUCCAAAGUGCAGGAGAUCCGAGACCUGAUGGGCUUCAACAGCGCCGCCCUGCAGUUCCUCCAGCGGGAGAUGGAGAGUAAAGAAGAAGUGAUGUUCUUCAUGGACGCCACCGAGAGGCUGAAGGAGAAGAAGAAGAGGAGGAGGAAGCGAGAGAGAGCCGUGCUCGCCAUCGCUUGAAUGAACGAAGCUUCUCCCCUCAGAUGGAAUGCGAGACUUCCUGUUAGCUCAUGACCACGCUGUCCCACGAGGGGGCCCCUCCCUCCGCCCGCCCCCCACCCCGAGUGGCUCCUGACACCGAGAGGGAGGAGAUGUGGUUUGACUUUACAAGCUUGGAACUUUUCACCACCAUUUGUUAUAGGAACCCCCCCCCCCCCCCAACCACGGCAACCUUCAUACUCGGGAAGAACUUAUACUGAUAUAUAAGUAUAUACUUACUUGUAUAUAUACUAUAUAUAUAUAUAUAUAUAUAUAUAUAUAUACAGUGGGGCAAAAAAGUAUUUAGUCAGCCACCAAUUGUGCAAGUUCUCCCACUUAAAAAGAUGAGAGAGGCCUGUAAUUUUCAUCAUAGGUACGCUUCAACUAUGAGAGACAAAAUGAGAAAAAAAAAUCCAGAUAAUCAUAUUGUUUGAUUUUUAAAGAAUUUAUUUGCAAAUCAUGGUGGAAAAUAAGUAUUUGGUCAAAAACAAAAGUUCAUCUCAAUACUUUGUGAUAUACCCUUUGUUGGCAAUGACAGAGAUCAAACGUUUUCUGUAACUCUUCACAAGAUUUUCACACACUGUUGUAGGUAUUUUGGCCCAUUCCUCCAUGCAGAUCGCCUCUAGAGCAGUGAUGUUUAGGGGCUGUCGCUGGGCAACACGGAUUUUCAACUCCCUCCAAAGAUUUUCUAUGGGGUU